ACAUGACUUUCUCUUCUUCCUCAGAUCUGCAUUGACCACCCAAAAAAAAAAAAACCAAAAGCAUAUCAGUUUCCGACAAUCAUUUGAUCCACACAAACCCGAAAGUCUCUUCCUUUCUUCUUCAUAUGGACGGUAACGCGGGUCAACCGGCUGCUGAUACAGAGAUGUCGGAAGCUCCGUCUAACCCUUCUCCUCAGGUGCCGGGGAUAGAGAAUAUUCCGGCGACUCUUAGCCACGGAGGGAAGUUUAUUCAGUAUAACAUAUUCGGGAACAUCUUUGAGGUCACCGUUAAGUAUAAGCCUCCCAUCAUGCCUAUUGGCAAGGGUGCUUAUGGCAUCGUCUGUUCGGCUAUGAACUCUGAAACGAAUGAGAGCGUUGCGAUUAAGAAAAUCGCAAACGCUUUUGAUAAUAAGAUUGAUGCAAAGAGGACUCUCCGUGAGAUCAAGCUGCUUCGUCACAUGGAUCAUGAGAAUAUUGUUGCAAUUAGAGACAUAAUACCACCACCACUAAGAAACGCAUUCAACGAUGUCUACAUAGCUUACGAGCUAAUGGACACUGAUCUCCACCAGAUCAUACGGUCUAAUCAAGGUUUAUCCGAAGAGCAUUGUCAGUAUUUUCUUUACCAGAUCCUCCGUGGAUUGAAGUACAUUCACUCCGCAAACGUGCUUCACCGCGACUUGAAACCGAGCAACCUCCUCCUCAACGCCAACUGCGACUUGAAGAUCUGCGACUUUGGUCUAGCUAGAGUCACCUCCGAGAGUGACUUUAUGACUGAGUACGUUGUCACGAGAUGGUACCGUGCGCCAGAGCUGCUUCUAAACUCUUCUGACUACACUGCAGCGAUCGAUGUUUGGUCUGUUGGUUGCAUUUUCAUGGAGUUAAUGGACCGUAAACCGCUCUUUCCUGGACGUGAUCAUGUUCAUCAGCUGCGCUUGCUCAUGGAGCUCAUAGGAACUCCAUCAGAAGAAGAGCUUGAGUUCUUGAACGAAAACGCAAAGCGAUACAUUAAACAACUCCCACCGUAUCCUCGCCAGUCCCUCACUGAUAAGUUCCCAAAUGUUCAUCCUCUAGCGAUUGAUCUUAUCGAGAAGAUGCUGACUUUUGAUCCUAGACGGAGAAUCACAGUUUUAGACGCUCUGGCGCAUCCAUACUUGAAUUCACUACAUGACAUCAGCGACGAGCCUGAGUGCACCAUACCUUUCAACUUCGACUUUGAGCAGCACGCGCUCUCAGAGGAGCAGAUGAAGGAGCUUAUCUACCGCGAGGCGCUUGCUUUCAAUCCAGAGUAUCAGCAAAUAGUUUGAAGUAACAGCAUUUGGGAGAAUGAGGUUUGGUUUGAUUUGGACAAGAUUCUUGAAAAGACAAAAGCUCACCAUUGUUUGUCUUUUGUGCAUACACCUGUGAGAGAGAUGCUUCUGAUCAAUGGGGCUCAAACUUUUAGUUUCUUUUGGUGUUUUUCUUUCUCUCUACGUAUUUGUAAGUUGCCUUCCUUCAUUUUCUUGUUGCAAUUAUAAAAGACUUUAUCAAAGUUUAAAUCAUCUCAAGAAAUAGUAUUUCA